AUGCUGGACCAUCGUCAAAUUGCAGCAUUGAUUGUGCUACCAUUAGCAGCCACAGGGGUAAUUUGUAACUGGACGGUUGCUAUCAUAAUUCGAAGAUUGCCAAGUAUGCAAAACGCGUUCGGAAGACUUACAUCUAGUCAAAGUAUCGGCGACGCAACCCAUUCUUCUCUUUUCCUCUUCUACUACGUUCCAAUGUGUCUAUUCAACAGCAGUUUUCUAAUGAAAUAUUCCGAGCAUUGCGGUCAUUUACUUCUGAUUGCCUACGAUAUUUCCACCUAUUCGCAUUUAUUUAUUUCGUUGAAUCGAUUCUGCGCAAUUUAUCGACCUGUUCAAUAUGAGCAGAUUUUCAGUAAAAGGAAUACCAAUUUAACAAUCGUAUUUUCUUGGGUUGUCGCUAUAUUUCCAACAUUCUAUUAUUAUGUCUACAAAGACUGCCGAUUUAUUUACCUUGACAAUUUUUGGGCUUUUGUCUUCACAACUACACCGAUUUGUCAGAAAAUCACUUGGUACGCCGAUUUUCUUAAAUACAACUCGAUCGUUUGUAUGAUCGUUGUAAUUGAUGUGAUUACUGUAUCAAAAGUUCGAAAUUUUAAGCAAAAGGUGACCGGUGUUGUUUGCAAAAGUCACGCGAAAAAGAAGAGGAAUGAAAUCAAUUUUUUGAAGCAGGCGUGCCUUCAAGCAGCGGUUUUUCUUGUCGAAUUGGUCACAUACUUCAUUAUUACUCCGAUAGUUACCGACGAAUACAAAUGGGGCCGAUUUUUUCUUUCGACAUUUGCAUGGGUGUUCGUUCGUUCAUAUGAAAUCAUCACCAUUUCCUUCAACAAAGAAGUCUUGGAAUAUAUUUUUGGAAAAAUCUUACAAGACAAAAUGCCAUCAAGAUUAUCGUUUAUCACGAGGGCACGAACAUCAAGCGACGUCAUUCAACAUCCAAAGAAUCCGUCGAGCAUUCAUUAA